AUGGCGAAAACAUUCUCCCCUGUUGCGCCAGUCAGCUGUAAUUAUACAGUGGACGCGAAGUCUUCAACCUUGAAGUCGGCUAACAUCAGGGUCAAUGAAGUACCGGCUAGCUUCAGGAUCUUGAAGCCGAAGUCAACUUCUGCUGGCGCUAUUGUUCUGCCUCCGCUCACCGACGGCGUUCGCGUCGUUACGGCUGCGGAGUACAAGCAGGCUGCUGAGUGUCUGGCGGAAGCCUUCGGCCAGGACGAUGUUGCGAGAUACUUCGUAGACGUGCCCGAUCGUGCGCACUGGACUGCGGAGCAAAAGUGGGCGCUACAUGUUGAGAUUCUCGAGUACAUAACCUAUGCUCACAUCCUCAAGGGACUAGUGACUACGGUGGGCGACUUUGAAGCAGUUGCCCUAUGGAUGCCACCCGGCCAGAACAUGGACGAUUAUCUGACCAUAUUCCGCUCUGGCAUGUGGCGCCUCAACUACCGCCUCUCCGCCGAAGGGAAACGGCGCUUCUUCGACGAGUUCAUGCCCCUCCUCCACGACACUAUGCACACCACGCUUGGUCAGCGAGAGCAUGACGCCUGGUACCUUGUUUACCUAGGCACUAGGCCCAGUGGCCGUGGCAAAGGUCACGCUCGUAAACUCAUUGAGCAUGUAACGAAGCUCGCGGACCGCGAAGGCAGACCAUGCUAUUUGGAGUCGAGCAACGCCACGAACCCUCCGAUUUACAGAAAGUUCGGCUUCGAAGAGACGAGGCAGAUCAACCUUCAGAGGGGCGGAAGAAAUAUCCCGCUGGACAUCAUGGUCAGGGAACCCAUGCAGAGCAUGGAGAAGAAGAGGGGCUUGUAG